AAUUGGGUGAUGCUGUUGGCAGGGGUACCGAGCUGAGAUGGACAACCCUACCAUGGCCUUCCUCUUACCUCCCCUUUUGAGAAGCUGCAAAGAUGUUCUCUUUGGAAACAUGCCUGAGAUCUAUGACUUCCACAACAACAUCUUCCUCCAUCACCUGGAAAGCUGCCUUGAAGCUCCAGAGAGAGUUGGGUGCUGCUUCUUGGAAAAGGUUUCGGGAGGAUUUUCAGAUGUACGAGAAGUACUGUCAGAAUAAACCACAGUCAGAAUCUCUCUGGAGGCAGCACGCCGAGAGUCUCUUUUUCCAGGUAUUGUGUCUUUCUACAGCGAGCACAAUAAAUGGGAUACAUUUUGAGACUUUCCGUGGUUUUCCAUCUGCUGAGAAUGUGGGUGGAGUUAUAACUGAGUUUUGAGAGGUGUGGUUUUUAUUUUAGGGGCUCCCCUGAGACAUUCUGAGAAACGAAAGGCAAAUUCUUCAAAAGUUUGCAUGCACAUCUGAACCAUUAAGUUGCAAGGCAUUUCUUUGUUGUGUGUGUGAGAGAGAGAGGCAGAGACA